AUGUUCGUAGCUGUUUUCAAAAUUUUGGUGUUUCUUGGUACCUGCGCUACAGUAGUCUAUAACUACUAUAAGAAUACAAAAUUCGACCCGAUGGCAGUUCCUUACCCACCAGCUAAAAUAUCAUUUGACACUAAUAAAAAGUAUCUGUCCUCUGAUUUAUUAGCUGGCUACCAAUUGGGAAAUAAUAUUUUUGAGUUGGCUGCUUUGUAUGGACUAUCGAAGCGGUUGGGGAGGAUUCCCAUGUUUUUCAUUGAAAACGAUUAUCAUCCGAGAAUGAAAAAUAAAGUGGAGAAUGUGAUGCCUGGAUUGAUGGCACAGUUUUUAGUGGUCAAUGGGAGUGUCCCCGGGAAGAUAAGGAAAACAAAGUUUCACCAGAAAUGUUGUACUUUUGAUAAUCCGAAGAGACUGGAGAAAAUUGAAGACGAGUAUUUACAUUUGACUGGGGGAUAUUAUCAAAGCUGGAAAUACUUCCCCGACAUGCGAGAUACACUCAGAGAUUUUCUGGAUUUUCCAGAUUUUGAAAAGUUUAAAAAUCUGCCUCAAUCUGAUGAGAAUACUCAUGUACUGAUGUACGCAUAUGGUUCCACAAGAACCCCGAAAAGGAUUCUGGGAGUCACUCGGAAGGAGCUCCAUUGUCUUUUUGAACAGAAGCGUCAUCGUGGAAUCGUCGAGAGUCGAGAUGUCCUCGGGGACGACCGCCCUGAGCUCUUGAGAGGAAGUGAUUGA